GCUUCGAAGGACAAGCAUCAAAAGCAGCAGCAGAGAGACAGCAAGCACAGCAAACAAGAUGAGGGCGAUCACGUGGGCGUUCGCAUGGGCGCUUCUGGCGGCGUGGGCGUGUCCUACGAGCCUCGCCUCCUCGCCCAUCAGGAUCUCCGCCUACCCCUACACGGGCUUCGGCAGGAGGCUCCCCGUGGACCCGUCGGAGAAGGAGAGGCCACGGCGGAAUGCGACCUUCGUGGUGCCCGACUCCCAAGUCGACAUCCCAGGAGACAACACAGAAGGAGACACCGAGGAAGGAACAACGUCAACAGAAGACGAAGAAACGGGGAGAGAAAGAGAGGAAGAGACGGAGAGCGAAGGAGAGGAAGAGGAGGAGAGAGAAGGACGAAAGGAUGACGUCCUCUCGGUGAAUAGGAUGGGGAUUCCCGCGAGAGUGAGCAGAAGGAAGCUCCCUCCACGACCGCGAGGACCAACGCCUCGUAUAGCCAGGCCUCAGGAGGAGACGACCCACCGCAACUUCCCUCGGCCGCCCUCCAUCCGCCCUCCUGCCAUUCCCGAGUCCGAUGGUUUCGGGCCGCCCUCGACGCCCCUGGGAUCAGCUAAGCCUCCUGCGCCGCCCGUAGGCCUUCCGCCCGCGACUCCCCCGCCCACUCUCGUUGGAACCACCUUCGGCCCGCCUGCGAUUCCCAUUCCCAUCAGCUCUCCUUCCCCUCCGCCGGGAGCCGACAGGACCCAGGUCACAGACAUCAAAUGCAUCGACACGGGCAGUGCGAGCUCGUUCAUGGCGCUCCUCAACCUCCCGGUGGGCUACAACGCCAUCCCCGUGUUCGAGGACCGCCCCACCGUGGACCCCACCAUCAACACGGCCUGCAGGAUGAUCCCGACGCAGAUCACGAACGACAUGUUCCAGCUGAUCGUGCGCGACCUCGAACGAUGUGGCGUGCAGCGCUGCCGUCAGCCCAAUGGCGAAACGUGGUUGUGUCUCAACCUGCCUUCGGAGGAGGACGAGAUCAUCCAGAUCAAGUGUCGGCCGCAGGACAAGAUGGCCCAAGACACGCAUGUGCUGACGGUAGCCACGGCAAUCAAGCAGCCGAGCGACCCCUCGGUGUUCCAGGGCGGCCAGCAGGAGUUCGUGUGCGAGAUCGGCCUCUUCAGGAAGCUCCGCGGCACCAACCUCUUCGCCGACCAGGUCACGUCGCAGGUGGAGCUCGAGCUGGGCGAGGAGGUGCAGCUGCGCUCCAUCGUGCGCGGCGGAGACGGCUGGCAGUACAGUCGCCUGACCACGAUCAUCAUCCAGAAGGUGGGCGCCCCGAGGGAGAGGUCGCUACUGAGCGCCGCCGACCUCGUCUUCGCCGACGGCUGCAGGAACCCCACGUACAGGCUGAUCGCGCGCGAGCACCCGAAGCGAGACCCGAGGAACCCGCUCAUCAACAACUUCACCUUCAGAGUCUUCAUGUUCCAAGACAUGGAGGUCGGAGACAACCUCAUGAUCACCGCCAACGUCAUCGGCUGCGUCGAUGCGGAGGAGUGUGCGGCGGUGAACUGCGAGGGCGAACCCGGUGAGGACACCCUGGGCUUCGGCAAGAGGAAGAAGCGAGAGGUGCGCCACUUCAGCUUCACCAAAGUCAUCCCUGCGUCAGAUAUCCUCGGCUCCUCGCCCCCCUACCCGCCCACGCCCUCCGUCGGCGCCCGAGUCCGGCGAGCCUCCCACGCCCACAAGCCGCACAAGAACACGACGUCCUGGGAGAGGAACCUGGCCAUCAAGGUCAGAAUUCCAGAAGCAGCGCCAGUUAGUCAGAAAUCCGUCGAGUCGGAGGAAUGUCGGCUGUACCUGUUCAUCACCCUGGGCGUCGCCGGCGUCUUCUGCAUCUCCUCCGUCGUGUUCGUCGUGUUCACUCUCCUCCGCGGGCGCUCGUCCUCCAAGAAGGUCGGCCAGCCCGUCCCCGUGGCGCCCGUGGCCAUGAGCUCGCCCUUGCCGCCCAAGUUCUCGUCCGCGGCCUCCACGUGCUCCUCGUCCCUGCCUUCGCUGAGGGAGUCCGAGGUGAGCGCCGUCGCCUCGCCCCUCAGGGACUUCCCCGUCCCCCCCACCGUCAGACAGCGGAAGCGCGACGUCAACGCCGAGCUCCUGAACGUGUUCGGCGGCGACCAGGCCUUCCCCUUCGCCUCGCAGUACCCGGGCAUGUUCAACUACUACGGCUACAUGGUGGUCCCGCGGAAGGCCUCGGAGAAGGCGGACAAGCGGUCCGUCCGCGCGCUCAAGAAGAGGCAGCGGAAGGAGCGGUCCGAGGCGACCUGUCAGUGCGCGUCGGCCCGCAGGGAGACCGACGACCGCGACACCGACAUCUCGACCGAAAACCACACGGCCAUCAUCCGGAUCUCGUCGUCGUCGUCGUCGGAUUCGGACGCAGUCCCGACGCCCUGCCUGAGUCAUCGUCCGAAACCGAUGCCGAGGAUGAAGAAAGAAAGCGAAUAUGAUAACAUUUACAGCGAAAUAUCAGUAGACGAAGAGCCGACCAUGGUCUGAGGGCCGCGGGGGCUGCGCCAUAGAACAAUUUGUACAUACACGUGGAGGCGGUCGCAGGGAUUACUCACUAGACACGCCCGCAAGGGUCGAGUCUGAUUCCCACGACGGCGUCUAGUGAGAGCUUAAGUCGAAUACUUUCCUCUGGGCUUUUGACGGAUGACCAAAAAUAGUCUAAUCCCCCUGUUCUCGGACAGCGAAGGGUUUCGGACGGAAACCUGGAGCGCCGCGCCUCCGGGACGCCGCGGGUGUCGCAGGGCGGCCGCUCCGCCGCUGCCCGUCGCAGGGGCCUGGGUCAGUUAUCUUUAGGAUUCCUAACAUGUUUAGUUUAAGCGUAUCAGCUCCUGCAGUGUGUUGUGCUGAGGUCGCUAAUUUCGUAAUGUGUUUGGCUGAAUUGUUUUGCACGUUAUAGCGAACGGACGAUGAAGCUUUUAUUACAUACAUGUAUGCAUACACACACACACACAUGUAUAUAUAUGUAUAUAUACGACUGUGUGUGUGUGUACAUACAUAAAUACAUCUAUGUAUGUAUUUAUGCAUGUGUGUUGUGUUGGUACUUCCAACAACUUAUAUUUUAUGUAAAUAUUUAAUCGUUUCAACAUUUCCCUUACCUUGGCACAUACCUGGAAUUCUUCAUCAAUUGUGCCAUUGCAGAAUCUCCAGAUUAACCCUUUUGAUUCGCUCUCUCAGUGGAAAUGAUCUUUCGACUUCAUUUUCAAGUCGAAAUAGACCAUUAUCAUUACCUUUUCUCUGUACGAUAACUUCCAAGUACGAUUAUAUCAGUAAAGCCUACGACAGCCAGAGCGGGUACCAGAUGUAGGAUGAUCUAUUAUUUCCCUUUAUGUACAAAGUGUGUUCGUGUUGACAUAUUGCUAAAUAUAUGUUAACCUUUUUUAAUUUAUUGUAGAUGUUUGUUUUCCGUAUAUAUAUUUUUUUCUUUCUACGUUUGUUACAUGUGUAUACUAUGAAAUAUUUUCUGUAAGGUUGUUAGUAAAUAAAUGUCU